AUGACACAGAGAACGUAUGGAUAUGACAAUUUUGAAUCGAGACUGCCACAGAUACAGACCAAUUUUGGCAGCGAAUCAGCAUCAGAAAAAAAGAUCAGGGAAGAAAGAGCAAGUGCUGUCAAAAAAGCAUUUAUGCACGGAUGGACUGGCUACAAGACCCACGCUCUUGGUCACGACGAAUUAAAGCCAUUGACAGAAGAACCUCAUAAUCCAUUUGGUGGUAUGGGCGCCACGCUGGUGGAUAGUCUUGGUACUAUGAUUAUAAUGGAAUUACAUGAUGAGUUUGAUCAAGUCAUUGCUGAAGUUGAAAAGAUUAACUUUUAUGUGGAUAAAGAAUUGAGCGUAUUUGAGACAACGAUUCGAUACCUCGGUGGUUUGUUAAGUGCAUACGAACUGACAGAUCAUCCCAAGAAGCAUAUCCUACUGGAAAAGGCAAAGGAGCUGGGUGAAGCGUUACUGCCUGCAUUUGAUACUAGACUUGGUAUUCCUUAUUACAAGUUUAAUCCAGUAACUCAAAUGGGUAACGAUAAUUCGACAUUGCUAGCAGAUAUGGCAAGUCUUCAAUUGGAAUUCUUUACGUUAUCUCACUAUACAGAAAACCCUAUCUUUGCGAAAAAGGCUCAAGCGAUCACAGAUUUCUUGGAUUCUGCUGGAUAUGCUCACGGGGUCAGAUUACCAGGAUUAUACCCAAACGAAGUCGACCUUGACUCUGGUUAUUUUACAGAUACCAUUGCUAGUUUUGGGGCUAUGGGAGAUAGCGCAUACGAGUAUUUCUUGAAAGAAUAUAUCCUGACUGAUGGAAGUAUACCACAAUAUGCUAGAAUGUAUUUACAAUCCAUCGAUAGCAUGAAGCAGUAUAUGCUCAUGCAGUUACCCGGAACAAAGUUUCUAUACUUGCCUGCGUACGACACUGCAAGAAAUCUAAAAGAGCCUACAAUGGAUCAUCUUACAUGCUUUGUUCCUGGUAUGCUUGCCAUCGGAUCUAGAAUUUUUAACCGACCUGACGAUAUCAAAGCUGCUAAAGGACUAUUGGAAACCUGUGUUUAUAUGUACCGAUCCUCUGCAACAGGAUUAGCGCCAGAAUCAUGGAUCUUCCCUGAUCAGAUACCUUAUAAUCCCUUGACUUAUGGCAAAAGCCUCGAAGAAUUAGAACAGUUACCACCUAGACGACGAUACAGAUGGCCAGGGAAGAAAAAUACACCUGUUGCAGUAAAUGUGACAGUCGAGGUUCCCAAUCGAACUAACCGUACGCUUGAUCCGCCCAUCGAAAGGCCUUCUGGGUUAUAUGCGCGAGAUUAUCGCUACUUGCUGCGUCCGGAGACAGUAGAAAGUUUAUUUAUACUCUAUAGGAUUACUGGAGAUCCCCGAUAUCAGGAAUAUGGCUGGGAAAUAUUUAAGGCUAUAGAAGAACGCUGUAGAACGCCUGUUGCAUAUGCAGCAGUGAGAAACGUGAGCCACUUGGGUAAAGGCUACCGUUUGAAUCAAAUAGAUAGCAUGGAAAGCUUUCUGUUUGCAGAGACGUUUAAGUAUUUGUACUUGUUAUUCAGUCCUCCAGAGAUGAUAUCACUGGACAAAUUUGUAUUUACUACUGAGGCUCAUCCUCUUCUUCGACGCCCUUGGACAGAUACUUUUAUUGAAUAUAAAGCUUAA